AUGAAGACUGUGACGACUCUUGGCAUCGGUGCGCUCUCGCUGGCGGUGGCCGCCUCGGCGAGCGCCGGGAUCACCAGCGUGGGUCCGGACGUGAUCGUCGGCGACCUGCCGAACGUUUCGAACUACAACGCGGUGGGCGGGAUGAACGCCUACUCCGUCGGCACCACGUCGUGCAACAUCGGCGACGAGGAGCUGCUCUGGAUCUCGAACAUCAACCAGCACCCGGUCAUCGGGCAGAACCUGUACCGCUACCACAACGGCGUGAUGAUGCAGGUCGGCCAGAGCUGGCUCAAGCACGGCUUCUUCGCGCUCAGCGGCAGCCUGUGCGAUUCGUGCCAGGGCACCGCCGGCUCGACGCUCGGCGUCGGCUGCUCCGACCCGUACGGCUCGGGCCUCAACGGCUCGCAGGGCGGCCUCGGCCCGCGCUUCGAGGUGAACGCCUACACCGGCGCGUACCCGUACCCGUUCUCGAACCCGCAGGGCUCGUCGGGCAACUCGAUCUUCAAGCGCCUGCAGGUGCCGCUGGUCGACGUGCUCCCGAGCGAGGUCCCCGGCGCGAUCUUCUACAUCGAGGGUCAGUACGUGACGCCCGAUGACGCCGCGGCGCAGAACCACUACAACAACGCGUCGUACCGUCGCGUGAACAUGUCCAGCAACGGCAACAUCACGAUCACCGGCUCGUUCCAGACGGUGCGCGAGCAGCCGGCGAUCAUGGCGUGGGCCGCGGUCGACCCCGACGCGACCGUCGUCCCGAUGGACGUGCAGAACGAGGGCCGGUUCCACCUCGGGACGAAGGUCAUCGACAACGGCGACGGCACGUGGACCUACCACUACGCCGUGCACAACCUGAACUCGGACCGCUCGAUCGGCAGCGUCUCGGUGAACAUCCCGAACGGCGUGAACGUGACCGACAUCGGCUUCCACGACGUGCACUACCACUCCGGCGAGCCGUUCGACGGCACGGACUGGCCCGGCGCGGUCUCCGGCGGCACCCUGACGUGGGCCACGGACUCGUUCGCGCAGAACGCGAACGCGAACGCGAUCCGCUGGGGCACGAUGUACAACUUCUGGUACACGGCCGACGCGGCGCCCGAGCUCACCUCGGCGAACUUCGGCCUCUUCAAGCCGGGCGGCAUCGGCUCGGUCGAUUCGAUCCGCGGCCGCGUGCCGACCCCGAUGGGCGCUUCGAUCUGCCUGGGCGACUGCGACGGCUCGGGCACGAUCGACUUCAACGAUCUCGUCGAGAUGCUCUUCGCGUUCGGUCCGAACUCGGGCGACGCGUGCGACACGGACGAGUCCGGCGCGGUCGAUUUCAACGACCUCGUCGCGACGCUCUUCCUGUUCGGCCCCUGCAACUGA